AUGAGCUUUGAAGAAGGUCAGUUUGACACUCUUAGUAGUGCAAUAAGCAGCUCUGGAACAAAAGGAUAUCCAGGAAAUAAUGAUACUAUCACUAGACAUCGUAGCCUACCUGUGAUGAGCAUUCUAAAAGAUAGCGCUGAAGAUGAACCAACAAGUCAAGUGUUGCGAGUAACAGUCAAAUUCUUCUUCAUUCUGAUGCUAACUGGUUGGCAAAAUGAUAUUACCCUCGACCGUCCUCCAGCAAUUGACAACUAUAGCUUGACCAUACAAGCGCUUCAAAAACCUGGUGAACUUAGGAGACCUUCAAUUUUAGAAUUAAUGCAUGGAGCAAGAGUUGCUGCUGUUGAAAAAAAGGAAGUUGACGAAACUCGGGACCAGCUGAAGAUUGUUGUUGAUAAUGCAUAUGCGAGAAUUCGAGCGAAGGAUAUGGCUGAAAAAGUUGAUUUCUUCCAGGGUGUCUUUAUACCAGUUUUUACCAAUAUUGUUGGGUCAUUGCUGUACUUGCGUAACGGUUGGGUUGCCGGACAAGCCGGAAUAAUUGCUGGUAUGGGUACGAUAGUGCUGUCCACAAUAGUCAUCCUGAUUACCGCUGUAUCAUUGUGUGGUAUCUGCUCAAAUGGAGAAGUUAAAAAAGGUGGUCUGUAUUAUCUUGUCUCGAGGAGCUUGGGGCCUGAAUUUGGAGGCUCUAUUGGUAUGAUGUUUUCCAUAGCAAACGCUAUGAUGGCAUCUUUAUAUAUUGUGUCAGUGGCAGAAACGAUAUCGGACCUCCUCCUGGACAACAAUUACGGAGUUGUGACCGGAAGUGUAAUAAACGACAUUCGUCUGUUUGGAAUUGGCAAUUUCGAAGUGCUUUUUUGCGCAGGAAUAAGCAGAAUAAUAAAUCACAGUUCUUUAGUGGUAUGUUUGCUCUUAAUGUUGAUAACAUUCGCUGGUCCAGACAUCGAACAGAGCUUCACGUUAUUUAUGUUUUCCUUGUACUUUGUAUCCUUUUUCGAUUGGUGUGUGGGUUCAGUAAUUCCACCCAAUGAGGAACAACGUUUGAAAGGAAUGACUGGAUACAACUUAGCAACAAUAAUGGAAAACCUUUUGCCAGCAUGGCGUAAUGAAAACUUCAUAUCUGUUUUCGCCGUCAUAUUUCCUGGAAUGACAGGUCUAAUGGCUGGCUCUAUGGCAAUGGAUAAACUUCGCAAUCCUUCACGUGACGUCCCACUGGGUAUGUUCUCAGCCAUUGGAGUUUGUUCGCUCUUCAAUAUGAUAGCUGUAUUCAUUUCGGGAGCCACUAUGCUGCGUGACGUUUCUGGCUUAUCGGAACCAUAUUUAAGCAAUAUUACUGGUCAAUGGGCAACUUACAACUGCAAGCUAGAUGGAUCUUGUAAAUAUGGUCUGAUGAAUUACUUUCAGGUAGCUAAACUUGAAGCACUUUGGGCACCAGUUAUAUAUGCUGGGAUAUUUGCUAUGUCAUUAAGUUCGACAAUGACUAAUUUGGACAACGGACCACAAAUCUUCCAGGCAAUUUGUAAAGAUCAGUUAUUUCCAUUUGUCAAAUAUUUUUCGCAAGAAUACGAUCUUAAUAUACCUCAACGUGCAUACAUAUUCUUUUCGAUCUUUACUAUGGGAAUUGUUCUCAUUGGUAAAAUGCUUGGUGUUGUUCUACGUGACCUUAAUGUUAUCGAUGGCUUAGUUUCCAACUUAUUCUUGGCUGUGUAUGCGUCAGUUAAUUUUGCUUGUUUUCGUCCAUCAUUUCGUUUCUACAACAUGUGGUUAUCUCUCUUCGGUGCCGGCAUCUGCAUUUUUGUCAUGUUUGUCAUCUCGUGGAUGAUGGCUCUACUCAUCUUUGUGUUCUUUUUUGUCAUCUUUACGUACUUAUCCAGACGUCGUGUAGACGCCAAUUGGGGCUCUUCGACACAGGCUAACAGUUAUCGUUUUGCUUUGGCGAGCAUGCUUAAGUUGUCAGAUACAGAAGAGCAUGUAAAGAAUUACCGCCCUCAAGUUUUGUUAAUGAGUGGAAAUCCGGCAGCUCGCUCUUCCCUUCUCGAUUUCGGUUCAUCAAUCACUAAAGGCGACAGUUUGCUUAUUGCAGCCCAUGUAGUCUUGUACCCACCGAACGAGCAGCUCUUCAGAGUUGUAAAGCGACUCGAUGUGCAAAUUACUGCUUGGCUGAAAGCAAACAAGAAGAAAGCUUUUUACAUGCCAUUUGCCAAUCAAAAUAUUCGUUCUGGGGCGCAACAUUUGCUUCAGUUGUCAGGUCUUGGGAAACUUAAACCGAAUAUAUUGUUGAUUGGCUUUAAAAAUGACUGGAACUUGUAUGGUAGCGAGAAGAUUCAAGAAGUUAACGAUUAUGUUGGUGUCAUCAAAGACGCAUUUGAAAACAAUUUUGGAGUUGGUAUAUUGCGGAAUGGAAAUGAAGGUUUUGACUUUAGCGAGAGAUUAUUAGAGCUCAAUGUUAACGAUUUGACAGCAUUCAAACAUGGAAAAAACAUAAACAAUGACAGUUUUGUGACGAUCAGUGAGACCUUAGUUGAAAAAAUGUCAUUUAGCGAAUCUGCAGUGGACACAUCCUCUAAUGAAAUAAGGGUUCCUGAAGAUAACGCUCAGCAAAAUAGCAACGUCAUUGAAACCGACUUGUCGAAGAAACUUGAUAAGUCUCUUCCUCGUGGUCAGCAAACUUCACAUUUUUUUGCUGACAGUAUUGUUUUCAAUGAUAAUCGUAAUAAAGAGGGAGGCAGCAGUAAGAGAGCGUCAAAAAAGCAGGACAUAAAUUUUAUGACAGUGUCAAGUAAUCAGAAGACGUUGGUCGCAUGUAUGAAUAAGUUCAACAUCAGGAAAAAAAAUGCUCGAAUUGACGUUUGGUGGCUCUAUGACGAUGGAGGUCUUACACUGCUUAUCCCACAUCUUUUGCGCCUCCCUAAGUCGUAUUUAGAGGGUGCUCAGCUCCGAGUUUUCACAUUAGCCAGAUCUCAUGCUCUUCAAACAGAGGAACAAAAUAUGGCAGCACUACUUACCAAAUUUCGCAUACAGUUCAAUGACCUUCAAGUAGUCGCAGACAUUACUCGUCGGCCACUUUUAAGAACCAUCGCAGUUUAUCAGGAAGUUAUUGAGAAAAUGCGUGCAAGUGACACAAACCAAGAGGAGGGUUUAAUAACUGAUAGUGAUAUUGUCAGCCAAAUUGGUCGAAUUUACAGACAACUCCGAACUAGAGAACUUCUUCUGAAGCAUUCAUAUGAUGCCGACCUUAUUGUAAUCACUUUGCCGGUACCUCACGUUGAUGUUAGCAGUAGUCUGUAUAUGAGUUGGUUGGAAAUUAUGACGAAAGAUAUGCCACCGACUUUAAUGAUUCGUGGAAAUCAAACUUCAGUUCUCACUUUCUAUUCAUAA